AUGCUUAGAUUCCUUCGUUCUGCAAUGACUGCAAUGACUACCGCUCGCGUUCCUAUUCCCGCAAAUGGGGUGGACUACCGUGGCAAGAUCGUCCUGGCCCCGAUGGUUCGGUCUGGGGAACUGCCAUCUCGUCUUCUUGCCCUGAAGUAUGGCGCUGAUCUCGUCUGGGGCCCCGAAACAGUCGAUCGUGCGCUUAUUGGCACAUCUCGUCGCGUAAACCCUCGAAAUGGGAUCAUCGAGUUCACCCGCGGUCAGGGUUCCAUCAUCUAUCGCAUUGACCCGGUUCGCGAAAAAGGCAAACUAGUCUUCCAAAUUGGCACGGCGUCACCAGAACUCGCAGUGGAAGCGGCUAAACUAGUUGCAGCGGAUGUGAAUGGAAUUGAUGUUAACUCAGGGUGCCCCAAGCCGUUCAGCACAAGCGGUGGUAUGGGUGCGGCUUUGCUGCGGAAUCCUGAUAAGCUAGUCUCUAUCCUUACGGCCCUGGUUGAUGAAGUUGGGAAGCCGUUCCAGAUUGGGGUCUCAGUUAAGAUUCGUAUUCUAGAGACUCCCGAAGAGACAAAGGCACUAGUGUCACGGCUGGUCAAGACUGGGAUCACAGGAUUAACAGUUCAUUGCCGUACAACACCAAUGCGGCCCAGGGAACGGGCAAUUCGCGACCAAUUAAGGAUGGUUGCUGAUGUGUGUCAUGAAGCUGGAGUUGCUUGUGUCAUGAACGGUGACGUUACCACACGUAAUGAAGGUCUGGAGUUGAUGAAAGAGUAUGGUGUAGACGGGGCCAUGAUCGCGACAUCAGCAGAAGCCAAUUCUUCGUGUUUCCGCCCUGAAGGUGGUUUGCUUCCUUGGAAAGACGUCGUCCAUGCUUAUUUGCGGUUCUGUAUGGAGACAGAGAACCGGUUCGGCAACACAAAGUAUCUCUUGAAUAUGCUCAUCCCAAGCAAGGAAUUCCACCACUCAAAGUCAUCCAAGUCUUACUAUGAUUUUUGUCACGUACUCGGGUUUGAUGACCUCGUGCCUGCUGCCCUUCAGGUUGAUGAGAUUAUGAACCUGACACACAAGUCAAUCUUCAAGAAUAGUGCUGCCAGCCAGAAUCAGGAGCCCGAAGGUGUGGAUUUCUCUUUGCCAUCACAGCCCACAAAGCAAGCGGUCGCGGUAUGA